AUGGCCCUGUCGACUAACCCGCUCUCUCCAGGUCCUUCCCGCUGCUACCCCUUCUGGCAAGAGGUCCUGGGAUGCUACGUCGUGAACUCGGGCGAAGGCGAAGCUGGCAAGAAGAAGUGCACGCCUGCCCUGGAGGACUACUACGAGUGCCUUCACCACCGGAAAGAGGUGCGCCACCACGCGGACCCCAUCCCACCCACCCAACAGGCUCUCCGCACAAUGAAGAUGCAGGCUGCCUACCGCAAGGCCGAAGCCGCGCACCCGCGUGAGAACGCACCCAAGGCCGAGCAGAUCCGCAGUCUUGGUCUGCUAGGGAAGGAGGAAGAGGCCUCUGCAGUGCUGAGUCAACGGUGA